GUAUUUACAUUUUAAGUAUAUCUGGUGAGUGGGCAGGAGCCCUCGUCUGGGCCGGAAAAGAAAGCAAGCUCUCCGGCCCGUCUUGUAGUCGCUCCUCUUCCUUUCUCUCUCCGAUUUCAUCACUCCGACGAGCCGCGACGAUGCCCAGGAAGAAGGCGGCGGCGGCGGCCUGGGAAGAGCCGAGGUCGGGCAACGGCACGGCUCGCGCCGGGCCCAGGAAGCGCGGUGGCCCGGCAGGCAGGAAGCGCGAGCGGCCCGAGCGCUGCAGUAGCAGCAGCGGCGGCGGCAGCAGCGGCGACGAGGACGGUCUGGAGCUCGACGGGGCCCCCGGCGGGGGCAAGCGCGCGGCGCGGCCAGCAACGGCGGCGGGCAAGGCAGGCGGCGCGGCAGUGGUCAUCACCGAGCCCGAGCACACCAAGGAGCGCGUCAAACUUGAAGGGUCUAAGUGCAAAGGGCAGCUUUUGAUUUUUGGGGCGACCAACUGGGACUUGAUUGGUCGAAAAGAAGUGCCUAAACAACAAGCUGCUUACCGCAAUCUAGGUCAGAAUUUGUGGGGGCCCCACAGAUACGGGUGCCUGUCGGGGGUCCGGGUACGGACAGUGGUUUCGGGCUCUUGUGCCGCCCACAGUCUCCUCAUCACCACAGAAGGGAAGCUGUGGAGCUGGGGUCGAAAUGAGAAGGGGCAGCUGGGACACGGUGACACCAAGAGAGUUGAAGCCCCCAAACUCAUUGAGGGGCUCAGCCAUGAAGUGAUUGUGUCGGCAGCAUGUGGGCGGAACCACACCCUGGCCUUGACAGAAACGGGCUCUGUGUUUGCGUUUGGAGAGAACAAGAUGGGGCAGCUGGGCCUGGGCAAUCAGACAGAUGCAGUUCCCAGCCCUGCACAGAUAAUGUACAACGGCCAGCCAAUUACCAAAAUGGCCUGUGGGGCUGAAUUCAGUAUGAUAAUGGACUGCAAAGGAAACCUCUAUUCCUUUGGGUGCCCUGAAUAUGGUCAGCUGGGACACAACUCUGACGGGAAGUUCAUUGCCCGGGCGCAGCGGAUAGAGUAUGACUGCGAGCUGGUGCCCCGGCGAGUAGCCAUCUUCAUUGAGAAGACAAAAGACGGGCAGAUCUUGCCAGUCCCAAACGUGGUUGUGCGGGAUGUGGCCUGUGGUGCCAACCACACGCUUGUCCUGGACUCCCAGAAGCGUGUCUUCUCCUGGGGGUUUGGUGGCUAUGGCCGGCUGGGCCACGCGGAACAGAAGGAUGAGAUGGUCCCCCGCCUGGUGAAGCUGUUUGACUUCCCCGGGCGUGGGGCGUCCCAGAUCUAUGCUGGUUACACCUGCUCCUUUGCCGUCAGUGAAGUGGGUGGUCUGUUUUUCUGGGGGGCCACCAAUACCUCACGUGAGUCUACCAUGUACCCGAAAGCAGUGCAGGACCUCUGUGGCUGGAAAAUCCGGAGCCUGGCGUGUGGGAAGAGCAGCAUCAUUGUGGCCGCUGACGAGAGCACCAUCAGCUGGGGCCCGUCUCCAACCUUCGGGGAACUGGGCUACGGAGAUCACAAGCCCAAAUCUUCCACCGCAGCCCAAGAGGUGAAGACGCUGGACGGCAUUUUCACAGAGCAGGUUGCCAUGGGCUACUCGCAUUCUCUGGUGAUAGCGAGAGAUGAAGGUGAAACCGAGAAGGAGAAGAUCAAGAAACUGCCAGAGUAUAACCCCCGAACCCUCUGAUGCUCCCAGAAUCUCCUUCCGAUUCCACACCUCUCGCGGCAGCUGUCAUUCCAUGUGCACUGGGACAGGAAGUCAGACAAGGAAUUUACAAAAGCAAAAGUCGACCGAAGGUGCAUUUUUGUUAAACUCCCUGAGGUUCCGUUUUAUAAGUGAUUUCAACGUCAACUACCUUUUUCUGUAUGCUUUCCAAAGUGGGUUUUUUUUCCUCUCUUAAUGUUUAAUUAAAGUAUUUGCUCAUAGUUGACUUACCAUUCCUACAAAAGAGGCAGAAACUUUGAGCAAUUUAGGGUUUUUUGUUGUUUUGUUUUUUGUUUUUAUCUUCUAAAUACUCUUCCCAAAAGUUCCCUCCCCAAUUGUAUUUAGCAUUGUGAUCAGGAUGGGUGCUACAUGGGAGAGGAAUCGCCAUUUACUCAGAAAAAGCAGUCCCUGGCGGGAACAAGCAGCAUCCUGGCUAAGGUCCUGGGUGGUUCUCUCUCCCAGGUCGUACCGUGUGCUCCAGAAGCAACUGGGUCUCUCCUUCCCCACUUUCCUUGUAGAUCGUCUUAGGCCAGUGGUGGUUCUGUUUCUCCCCUUGGCUGCUUGAAAGCCACAGCCUUUUGGCUGAGACCUUAAUAGAACCUGCCCCUUUCCCCCUGGUAUUGGGGCUUAAGGGUCUGUGUUUAGCCAUUUCUGUCUACUCUAGCUGUAAAAGAAGUCCAAUGAAAAUCGGGUGAUCCUGGAACCAGUGGGGAUUUGAGGGGUGGGUGGCAGUGGGGAACGUUUGUAUCUGUUGAAAGAUUGGCUUUGUGGCUUUCUCAGGAGCCGGGGCCUAGUCACUAGCACUCGCCAUCAGAGAUUGAUCAGCCAGGAGCAAAAAGGAAUUCUGACGUUCUUGCAACGAUGGGUCAGCCCUUUAUCAUACCAGCCUUUAGCGUCUUUGUGCUUCUGUUUUGUCUUUGCUCCCCUACGGCUGCAUCCUGCCUAGAGUGGGCCCUUCCUGUUUCCGAGCCUCGGGGUUUACUGCUCUGCUAACCCAGCUCUCUUACGUUGCGUUUGCUUGGCUCUGGUACCAAAAAGCCGGGAUGACUGAAGAAUUCCCCUCCCCCGCACAUCAGUGCAGAUGCUGUGACUGCCACCCCACCCUGCGAAGUGCCCUCUGCCUGAGCUCAUCACCUGGGUUGCACUGCUCUGCGUGAGUUACGAGGUGCCUUUCCCGGAACCCUCCUCUCGCUUGGACCCAAGAGUGGCCCCUGCUCUGGCUGGGGCUCUUGGUUUCGAGAGGGUCUGGACUGGUUUGGGUGCUUUAAAAUAGACUUUUCGUUUAGUGGUGCUUACGGGGCGGGGGGGAGAAGGGUAGAACUUCAGUGUGAGACUUGGGUGGACGGGAAAGUUAAAUAUUGGUCUUUUUAUUUUUUUGCUUUUGCUAUUUUGUCAUUGUCUCGAUGUUAAAAUGCCAAAAAUGAUCUAGUCCUUGUUGUUUUUCUCCUGCUCCCCCACCCCGGUCAUUGUGUACAGUUUACUCUGCCUUGGCGCAGGGCACAGAGCAGCCCCUGUCUGGCCAGCCCUAAUGCCUGGCAUGAGGAGAUUGGCUUGCGUCUUUGUAAGAUUUAGUCUAAUUUCACGUUCAUCUCUGUUCUCCUGUGUUCAAUCAGUAGUCCGGGGAGAAGCUUCUGCAACUUCAGAGCUUCUGCUAAACUAACUGAAUUUGUCCACAUCACCCCAAACCGCCAUUCCAACUCCAGCUGCCAUGUGUGGGACCUAAUCCGCUUCCCUGGACAAGUCUUUUUCCUGGAAUGUGGCUCAGGCAUAUGUGUUCGUUGUACGCUUGAGGUCUCCCUGGAGCUGUAGGGGAACCAAGAGGUUCGGAGUUGGAAGAAGCAAGGGUUGAGGAGGCAAUAGCCAGGGUCCUGGCCUUUUGCAGGAACUACCCUUGGCUGAGCCAGGGCCUAGGUCUUCCAGUGGGCUGAUGUAGAACUGCAGCCACCCUGUUGUCCAUAACU